AUGACAUUUGAAAUUGUCCCUGAAGAGCUUGGAAACCAUCUUCCAGCAGGUCUUUUUUAUUGUUCAGAGAAUGGGAUUGCAGUGGAUUCUGCCGAAUGGCGUGUAAUUGAAGAUUCUCCGUUUCUUGAUGAAGAGCUUUUAAUUACAGAUAAUACUGUUGUUUGGUCUGUUUCAGGAAGAGUAAAACGGUCUUUUAAUUUUGAUGAUGAUGGUCAACGAGUGACACAUGCAUUGUUUGCGUAUUUUGUGAAUCCAAAUGAUGAAAUUACGAGUUAUCAUGAUCCAUCGUAUGUGCCGCCUUUAGGUACACGAACCCGGUCUUUGAACCAAUUGAGUGGAUGUGUUCAUGAUACAAGGCGUAUGGCGCAUGAAACGUCUAUUAAAGAUCGACGAGCAACUCAUGGGAAACUUAAAUCUGAUAGGCUUUCAAUGAACCCAUCAUCCCACCUUUUGAGAGCAUUAGUCAUUAUACUUGAGGAUUUAUCGCAUAUUUUCUUUUUGGAUGGCGCACUAUGGGUUAUUCAUGUUCCUUUUCGUGUUCGACGGGUGCUUGCUGCGCCUCGAGGAUUGAUUCUUGAACGAUCUCUUGAAAAUCUUGAAUUGGGUAUGCCAUCUCAGGAGUCAACUCCUGAAAAUUAUUCUCCUCGUUUUUUUUCAUUGAUUGGGCCGUUGGACGAGUUUGGACUUGUUGUUGCAGAUGGGAUUUAUUCAUUUGAUGUGCAUGAUGAGUUAGUUUAUAUAGGCAAAGGGGAUGAAGCGUUGUUGGUAACAAGGAAUGCAGAGAAGAAACAAGUUGACAUUUGGAAAUGUUCAUAUGUUUCUCAAACAGAGCAUUGUUUUCCUCGCCCGUUAACAAGUGUAUCGGCGAGGCGACGCUCUUCUUUUGGAAGCUUAAAUUAUAACGACACAGAUACGGAUAUAUAUGGGUCUUCUUUAAAGUCUGAAUUGACCAUUACGUUGGAUAGGAUGGCAUUUGUCAAUAAUAAUCAAUUACCUGCAUUGUUAGGUGAAUCUGAAGGGCUUAGAAAAGAAAUUUUUGUAACACAUAUUGAAAGUUUUCCAUCUCGCUUCAAUAAACUUGCCUUUACUGUAUUUUCAAUUCGUCCGUCACCAGGAAUUGAAGUUAUUUCUAUAUUCAAUAAAGAAGAGUCAACACUUUUGAUUCUUAUAUUUCGACGAGAUGAGGGAUUUUCGCCUUAUUUGAUUGAUUCUAUCACUUUUCCUGCUAUCGGUGCUGCGCCUCUUAUUUCUAAAUGUAUGGAAAAAAUACUUAUAUUUUCGACAAAAAAACCUAUUCUUAGACUCUAUGCACCUUGUUCUCCUGAUAUUGAAGUUAAAGUUGAUUCUAUUAAAGAAGAAAUAAGUGAAUUGGUUUAUCCUGUUGGUUGUCGAGUAUCUUUAAAAGAUGUAAAUGGCACUUUAAGGAGAAUUUCUUUUGAUCUUGAACAUAAUACUGUUUUGGUUCGAAGAUGUUUUGAAGCUUUGAAAAUGGUUUUGCCUUAUAAGGAUUUUGAAUAUUUUCAAGCUGCGUUUCUACAUCAAAAAUUGUCGAACGGUUUAUGUUUGAAUGAAUUUAAAUCGUUAUCUAUUACAUUGUUUUCAUGUUUUUUAUGUGGUAGUAUAAAACCUAGACAUAUUCAAAAUAAAGUAAAUGGGAAUUAUUCAACUGAAAUACUUGAGAUUAUUGCUGAAGCAUACCAUUUUUGUCAAAAAAAUGAUAUGUCGGUUAUGACAAAACAUUUAUCUUAUAUUUUGCAGUGUUUUCAUAUUUUAAGCGAAGAUUUUAAAUUUGAUUCUGCUACAUUAUUAUAUUGUCGUCAAAUAAUACCUAUAAAAGCACAAAUGGCAUAUUGGUUAGGAUGGGUUGCAUUUGUAGAAAAAGAUAUGUUAUAUGAUGAAUUCAUGACAACUAUAAUAUUUGAUAAGGCACGGCUUGAACACCUUAAUAUAUCUCAGUUUCCUUCAAAACCUUAUUCUGUUUAUCAUAAUUUAAUUUUAAUGUUAAAAAGGAAAAAAUAUGAACCAGUUCCAUCUAUUACAAAUAUCGGAAAAACUAAUUUAGAACAUAAAAAUUUAAAUUAUACUCAAGGAUCUAAAAUCGUACCGUCACUUUCUAAAACUGUUUUUUCAUUAUAUGAAACUUUACUUAAUCCUAAACUGCCUCUUCAGGAUGUUGUUACACAAAUGGUUGAAUAUAAGUUUACAUUAGAUCAUUUAAAACGUUUACCUGAUGGAGUUGCUGUACCAUUGCGAGAUGCCAUAAGAUAUUCUCAAGAAAAUCCUUUACCAAAUUGGGGUGUUGAAGCACUUCAACUUAUUGACAGAAAAGAUCUUGAAUAUCGUAUUACUGUUGGUGAUGAAAGACCUCGUAGAUUUCCUCCGACUCUUUCUCAAAAAAAGCCAGAACCAAAAGAUACUAAAACAAUAUGUCAAGAAGUUUCAGAUCUUGAAGCUCAUGUAUCUUCGGAUCGUUUUUCAGAGGAAGAUCAUAAAGCUGUAACAAAACUUAUAUUUCGUGAAGAUCGGCGUCUACAGGAAGUUGGAAAACUUCUUCAGAUAUCUAAACAAACUGUUGUCAGGAUUGAUUUACGCCCUGAAAUGAGUGAACACGAAAUUGUUUCUGUUCAGCAAACACUUGCCCAAAUUAUUGCUAUUCGAACAUUAUCUAUCCCUAUUGGUAGAGGGUUAUAUGCUUAUAGCUCAAAAACACCACUACCAACUGAAAAAUUCCCAAUACCUGGCUUUAAUUUCACUGUUAAAAUAAAACCUCAGCAAGUCCAAGUACCUGUUGCGAAAUCAUUUCUUGAUGAUCAAACUACUACAUGGGGAUUGUUUCAUAAUGGAACAGCAGCUGCAUUAAGUAUUGCUAAUGAUACUAAAGACAUUAGUGCUUCAUGGAUCGUAUAUAAUAAGCCAAAUGAACUUUCUAAUAGACAUGCUGGAUUUUUAUUUGGGCUUGGAUUAAAUGGGCAUUUAAAAUCUAUGGCAACUUGGCAUGCUUUUAACUACUUAACAUCGAAACACACAAUGACAUCUAUUGGUCUUCUUCUUGGACUUUCUGUAUCUUUUAUAGGUACUAUGGAUCCUACUAUUACUAGAUUACUUUCUGUACAUGUACUGGCUUUAUUGCCCCCAGGAUCUUCAGAACUUAAUUUAUCUACAUUAACUCAAACUGCUGGGAUUUUAGGUAUAGGAUUAUUAUAUUACAAUACUCAACAUAGAAGAAUGAGUGAAGUUCUUUUAACAGAAAUAUCACGGUUUUCUCCUCAUGGACAAGAAUUUCGAGAUGAGGGUUACCGUCUUUCUGCUGGAUUUGCCUUAGGAUUUAUUAAUAUUGGAAAAGGUCAGAAUUUAAAAGGAUUACAAGAUCUUCAUAUUGUUAAAAAUCUUGUAUCGUGUAUUUCUGGUGGAAGACAUGAAGAAACAUCACAAAACUUGGAUAUGGCUUCAUCUGGUGCUGUAAUUGCAUUAUCUUUAAUAUAUUUAAAAACAAACGAUGAAGAUGUUGCAAAAAAAAUAGAGAUACCAACAACAGAACAUCUUUUAGAUUAUGUAAGACCUGAUAUUUUACUAUUAAGGGUCUUAGCGAAAAAUUGUAUCUUAUGGGAUAAAAUUGAUUGCACAUUUGAAUGGAUUAGAAAUCAACUUCCACCUAUAUUAAGAGAUCAAGUAUUACUUUCUAAUAAAACUGCACUUGAUUCGAAUGAUAUGGCAUUAUUUAAUAUAAUUGCUGGUGCUUGUUUCAGUAUGGCUCUUCGUUUCGUAGGGACAAGGAAUGAGAAUGCUAAGAAAUGUUUAUUGCACUUUUUGGAUAAAUUUAUGAAUCUUUCUGCUGUAAUAGCGAGUACACAUGAUCAGAAACUUUGUAGAACUACUGUAAAGAAUUGUUUAGAUGUUUUAUGUAUAUCGUCAAGUUGUGUUAUGACAGGUUCAGGUGAUUUAGAUGUUUUACGAAGAUUAAGAAAGUUGCAUGGGCGCACUGAUUCUGAUAUAACAUAUGGAAAUCAUAUGGCUACACAUAUGGCUAUUGGUAUUUUGUUUUUAGGAGGAGGUCAGUAUAGUCUCGGAAAUUCAAAUAUUUCAAUAGCUUCUAUGAUAUGUGCAUUUUAUCCGCAAUUCCCAAAUUCUGCAUGGGAUAAUAUUUCUCAUCUUCAAGCAUUUCGUCAUUUAUGGGCUGUUUCUUGUGAACCAAGGUGUUUAAUUGCUCGUGAUGUUAAUACUUUGCGACCAACAUUAGUACCUAUUGUUACGGAUUCACCACAUGCACUUUAUAAUGGGAAAAAAAUGAUUGCUCCAUGUCUAUUACCUCCACGUGAUGAUGUAUCUAUGAUUAGAACAUCAAGUUCUCAGUAUUGGCAAGCUUCUUUAGCUUUGCACUCAACACCUAUUUCUCCUCAAAAGACAACAACAAUGUAUAUCUCUAAAAGGGCUGUAGAUUUUCAAGAAUGUUUUAACCUUGAACCUUUGUUUCAGUCAAGUAUAGAACGAUCUAUAUUAAAAAUAUUUUUAUCUGAAUCAUUACUUUCUGAUGAAUUUUAUUCAAUGGUAUCUAAAUCAGAACUUGCUUCACAAUUCACCAUUGAUCGUGCGUUUCAACAAGAUGAUGCAAUUAAUAGUAAAUUGUUUUUACUUUUUGAUAUAAAAAAAGAAAAUUCUGACAAACUUUAUGGAAUUCAACUGCUUCUUGUAUAUACUGAAAAUAUGUGUACAGAUACACUUGCUUUAAAAUAUUGUGGUUUUCGAUAUCGCUUUUUAUCUGAUGAUUUUUUAAGUCUUUUACGUUUUAAAAUGUGGAAUGCCUGGCAAUAUUAA